AUGUCGAAUUUGGUUGUUGCACUCGUAGCCAGCGCCGUUGCAGCAGUGGCGAUCAUCAUAUUAUGCUGCAUCAUCACCCACAAUACAAAGCUUCCUUCUCCACCGCCGCCUCCACCACCGCCACUAAGGCCAUUGCAGCUCCAGACGCCUGUGUAUAGAACCAAAGAUGGAGAUCUUGUCAUUAUGACAGGCGCUGGCACCGCCAUAUCAGUUGCUGGAGCCGUUAUCUAUGGCGGUUCAAGUGGUUGUGGUGGUGGAGGUGGUGGUUGUGGAGGUGGAGGUGGUGGUGGUGAUGGAGGUGGUGGUGGUGAUGGAGGUGGAGGUGGUGGUUGUGGAGGUGGAGAUGGAGGUGGCGGGGGUGGUUGUGGAGGCGACUAA